GGCUGGCAGGACAAAAUGAGGCCCCUGGACGUCGACGAGGUGGAGGCACCGCAGGAGGUGGAGGUGCUGGAGCCCGAGGAGGAUUUCGAGCAGUUUCUGCUGCCCGUCAUCAACGAGAUGCGGGAGGACAUCGCGUCUCUGACCCGCGAGCACGGGCGGGCGUACAUGCGGAACCGGAGCAAGUUGUGGGAGAUGGACAAUAUGCUCAUCCAGAUCAAGACGCAGGUGGAGGCCUCGGAGGAGAGCGCCCUCAAUCAUCUUCAGAACCCAAAUGAUGGAGGCGAGGGCAGGGUGACGAAAAGGUGCGAGAAGGCCGAGGAGAAGGCCAAGGAGAUCGCGAAGAUGGCAGAGAUGUUGGUCGAGCUGGUCCGGCGGAUAGAGAAGAGCGAGUCGUCUUGAAGCAGGAUCGGCGGUGAGGUCGGAAACCAGCGCGAGCUGGCCCGAAGUCUGGUAGUUGCUGGAAACUUGGUUGAUCCUCGAGGGAAAUUAUUUACUAAAGAUCUACUCGGGAUCGGAGGUGGGGGGAGGGAAAAUAAAGGCUUGCCCAGGUUUUAACUUGGCAUGUAUUCGUGGAUGGCAUGUAAAUUGCUUUUCACGUUGGUAAUUUGAAA